AUGAUACCAGUAAAUUCACCUCCAAAAUCGAUAAGGAAAAGACAGUCAUGUGAUUCAUGCUGUUGCAGCUCAAAUAAAGGUAAAGGGCGAAUUCCAGCACACUGUAGUAGUAAAAAAGAAUAUAGUAGUAAUAAUAGUGGCAUUAAUAAUAAUAAUAAUGGUGACAGAAAGAUUAUAAUUGAGCAAAAGGUAUCAAAAGAUCAACCAUUGUCAGAGUGUUUAAAUAAUAUAUCAAAUAGUUUGCAAUAUUUAUCGAAUGAACAAUUACCACAAACUAAACAGUUAUUAGAAAGUAUGAGUAAUGGCAAAACAACAACGACAUUAGUAUGUGUUUGUCAACAAUCCUCAAACCUACCUUUUUGCGAUUCUUCUCAUGAAAAAUUUAAUAAAGAAACAAAUUCAAAUAUACAACCAAUCUAUUUAACUUUAAAUAAUAAUACAAAUGUUAAUAGUAACAAUAAUGAUAAUAAUAAUAAUAAAAAUAAUAAAAAUAAUAAUAAUAAUAAUAAUAAUAAUAAUAGUGAUGAAAAGAAACAGCAACAACCACAAGUUAAAAGAAUAAUAGAUACAACAAAAAUAAUAGAAAAAGAAAAAGAAAAAAUAAUAACACCUAUAAUAUCAAAAUAUAAACCUGGUAAAUUAAAUGAUCCAAUAAAUCAAAAUAAUUGGUUCUCUUUAGAGGAAAUAGCAACGCAUAAUAGUUUUGAUAGUUGUUGGAUGAUCAUACAUAAUAAGGUUUAUGAUAUUACGAAAUAUAUUAAUCACCAUCCUGGUGGUAAGAAUGCAUUAUUAAGAUUCGCAGGUAAAGAUGGAACAGAAAAUGUUCAAUUUCAUUCUUCAAAAAUGUUACAAAUUUUAAAUGACCAAUAUUUCAUUGGACACCUUCAAAAAGAUCAACAAACUGUUGAACCAUCAAGAUGUACAAUAGUUUAA